AUGUUGUUGGGCCUACCUCCUGAAUUAUUACCGAUGAUAUUUCAGAAUCUGAAGAACCGCGAUCUGUGGGCAUUAUUCAAUACCUCAAAGGGUAUUCGACACAAUGCUGCCAAGAUUCUCUUUCGACGAAUCAAAAUCGACCAUGCACCAUGCAACUUUCCCGAGUCCCUGAACGACAGGCUCCUACCAGCAACUAGAAUUUUCCAACUCUUAGGCGAGUGGUUACCACUUGUUCGAGAGGUGCACAUCUUUUGCCACCGAGCUGUGGAGCCUUGCAUGCUAAACCUGUUGAGUCGAUUCCCUAAUGUACAGCGAUGCCGUCUCGAUGCCGAGAGAAGCGAUGAGAGCACAAAUAGUUUAAAGCACCAGCUCAUUGAGCAGCCAGCCCUUCGAGAGUGGCUUCUUUUUCACACUAUUCCUGGCUCCUGGCCACUUCUGCCACCAUUCCAGUCGCUGCAGACGCUGGAGAUAGAAAGUCUAUCAAGUGGCAUUCUAGUGGUGCCCGCUAUGCCAGCUCUCUUGGAUCUUCAAAUUCAUUUUGAUAUGGAGUUUUAUUGUUCGGAGGAAGACGCGUGGGAUAGGGACUGCGCUGUUCUCGUGGACUUUUCGAUGCUACCGAGACUUUCUAAACUGACUAUUUCUUAUUUGUAG